CACCACCUAAUUGACCUCCGUUCGAUUAUUUCCUGGCCCUUGAGCAUGUCUAAGCGGCUUGGUACGACCCACGCACAUGGAACAACUAUAGUCUCUGAUAUUAUCGGGAAAUUUAACAUCCGUUGGCGCACAAGCCUGGGAUGCGGCGCCUUGAUUUGAAGUUUCACGCUUACCCCUAGGAAUAAAAACACAUCACCCUACUGAAGCUGUUGGGUUUUCCAUAUAUCAGAGCGCAGGAUGAGCUCCAACUCAGACUCAGGCCCGUCUAAAAAGAGAGAAUCCCGCGCGGGGACGCGUAGAGUAACAUCUCUCACUGCGGAACAGUUGGAACGAAAGCGUGCCAACGAUCGGGAGGCUCAAAGAACUAUCCGCCAGCGGACCAAGGAACAUAUCGAGCGACUAGAGCUUCAAGUUGCCGAGCUUAAAGCCAAGGGGGACAGAUUUGAUGAGGUCGCUCGACGGAAUGCCGUGCUAGAGAAUGAAAUCAGAGCCUUAAGACAUCAACUAGCCAUGGCGGCUGGGGGUUCAAGCUAUCAGAAUAUGGAGGAGUCAUAUGGCCAACAGACACAGCAGCAACAACAACACCAUCACCACCACCACCACCACCACCCGGGGUCUUUGGUUCCUUCCCCGCAAUAUCCCGAGGCCCUAGGGGCGAAUGCAACAUCCAGAACCCCGUCAGUCCUGUCGACCUCCAGUCAGGUUUCAGUGACACGCGAAUGGCAACCUUACGGCUCAACACGAACAUCCUCUAGAGGGGAAUCCACCGAUACAGAGUAUCCUCCCAGGGUCGAGCCCUGGGCUUUUGAAGGACCCUCUCAAACACCUGUACCGAUUUCUAUCCCACCUUCCCACGUCGGUUUCAACCAGCCAACUAGUGGGCAAAUGCCCGAUCCUGCAUUCCAACCCUACCCGCAAAUUUACCCACCUCCAAACGCUAAUCGAGGAUCUGGGGAAGGGAUCUCAAGCAGCCACACCCAAGGGAUGCCCUACGAGCCCAUUCAGAGAGCCGUGUCAGCCCCAUCAGAACGACAGUCUACCGGAUACCCUGCAUAUCAUUCAGCGCCGCAAUACCCGCAUCCUAUGAAUCAUCAGCAACGGAGUGACUAUGAGUAUGAUUGGACGCAUCGAUCCUAGACUCGUUUACAGAAUGAGUCCCCCAAGACGAUCGAUCUAAUGCGAAUACACUGCGCCGUUGCAAAAGUUUGUUGCGGGUGAUCAGAGCCAUCUCAAGUCGGAUUCGUCUUCUUCGCAACAAAUGGUGAAUCAGUUCCGCUAAACAAGGGUUAUACAAAGCCCACCAUGGCGAUCUAUCCAGCUCGAAAUACAUCCACCCCAUUUUUCCAGCACCAAGCCAGCCACCCACCUCACCGGACUAGCAAAAAUACCGGCCAUCUCCU